AUGGCCGCCCUCCGUCGCGAACGUUGGAGACGCCUCCUGUCCAAUCUGUACAUCGGCGAUGCUCGACCACAGACCGAAGUUUGCCGCAUAAACUAUGACGCGGACAAGUUGAUGCGCCGGCGCUCCAACCUCCCGCCGCCGCUUGGCAUCGGGGGCCCAACGAAAAACAAGUUCUGGGUAUCCAGCAGCCUGGCAAAGUCCGGGGAGAACACGGGGACUCUCCAACAAAGCGUUGCGCGGUUUGUCGCUUCCAAGGCCAUCAAGGUGGUGAAGGAAAGGGCGGAAGAGCAGCACCUAGGUCGUCGCGAGACUGCUAUCGUGAUCGCGGCGGUAGCGGAGACUGUGAAAUAUCCGCUGACGUCUGAGGAGGACAUUCUUGCUGCAGCGCGGGCGGCGGCGACGGCGGCGGCGGCGGAGCCGGCAGCGGAGCCGGCAGCGACGCAGGCGGUAGCUGCGCAGGCGGUAGCGGGACCGGCGGCAGCGGGGCCGGCUCAGCGGAAUGGAAAACGGAGGCGGGAGAAUCGACAUCCAGGUGCCACGGAGGCGGCUUCGGCGGCCAUGCCUAGGGCUAGGGUCGAGAUCGAGGAUUAA